CACAUGUGUUUCUGUUUUGUGUUGUAGCAUUUGUUCUGGAAGCUUGUAUUUACAUUUUAAGUGUAUCUGGAGAGUGGGCUGGAGCCCUCGUCUGGGCUGGGGAAAAAAAAGCCUUUCGGUUCGUCUUUUAGUCUCUCCUCUUCCUUUUUCUCUCCGGUUUCUCAUCACUCCACGCAGCGCGACCAUGCCCAGGAAGAAGGCGGCGGCGGCCUGGGAGGAGCCGAGCUCGGGCAACGGCACGGCCCGUGCCGGGCCCAGGAAGCGCGGUGGCCCGGCCGGCAGGAAGCGCGAGCGGCCCGAGCGCUGCAGCAGCAGCAGCGGCGGCGGUAGCAGCGGCGACGAGGACGGCCUGGAGCUCGACGGGGCCCCCGGUGGGGGCAAGCGCGCGGCGCGGCCGGCGGCAGCCAAGGCGGGCGGCGCGGCCGUGGUCAUCACCGAGCCUGAGCACACCAAGGAGCGCGUC